AUGUCAGUUACGGUGUUGAAGUACUGCGAGCACCUGCACGGCAAGUGGUACUUCAGCGAGAUCCGCGCCAUCUUCUCGCGCCGCUACCUGCUGCAGAAUGUGGCCAUCGAGAUGUUCCUCGCCAGCAGAACGUCGAUAUUCUUCGCGUUCCCCGACCAGGCCACCGUAAAGAAGGUGAUCAAGGCGCUGCCGCGCGUCGGCGUCGGCAUCAAGUACGGCAUCCCGCAGACCAGACGCGCGUCGAUGAUGUCCCCGCGGCAACUCAUGCGCAACUCGAACAUGACGCAGAAGUGGCAGCGCCGCGAGAUUUCCAACUUCGAGUACCUCAUGUUCCUGAACACUAUUGCAGGACGGACGUACAAUGACCUGAACCAGUACCCAGUGUUCCCGUGGGUGCUGACCAACUACGAAAGCGAGGAACUGGACCUCAGCCAGCCCUCCAACUACAGGGAUCUUUCAAAGCCCAUCGGAGCCCUGAACCCGAGCCGGCGAGCUUACUUCGAGGAGCGCUACAACACGUGGGAGCACGAGUCCACGCCACCCUUCCACUACGGCACGCACUACUCCACGGCUGCCUUCGUGCUCAACUGGCUCGUCAGGAUCGAACCAAUGACGACGAUGUUCCUGGCACUGCAGGGCGGCAAGUUCGACCACCCCAACAGGCUGUUCUCAUCCAUCGCGCUGUCCUGGAAGAACUGUCAACGGGACACCUCUGAUGUCAAGGAGCUGAUCCCCGAGCUUUUCUUCCUGCCCGAGAUGCUAAUCAACAGCUCCGGCUACCGGCUGGGCAUCCCCGAGUCUCCCUCCGGCGACGUGAUCCUGCCGCCCUGGGCCUCCUCCGCCGAGGAGUUUGUGAGGAUCAACAGGAUGGCGCUGGAGUCUGAGUUCGUCAGCUGCCAGCUGCACCAAUGGAUUGACUUGAUCUUUGGAUAUAAACAGAGAGGCCCCGAAGCGGUCCGAGCAACCAACGUGUUCUACUACCUCACAUACGAGGGCGGAGUCCGCCUGGACCAGAUCACAGAACCGGUGACGCGCGCCGCCAUCGAAGACCAGAUCCGAAGCUUCGGACAGACGCCUGCCCAGCUGCUGAGCGAGCCUCAUCCUCCAAGAGCGUCUACUAUGCAUCUGGCACCACUGAUGUUUGCGGCAGCACCUGAUGACGUCUGUCUACGACUUAAACUACCCUCAAAUGCAGCUGUGGUCCAUGUGUCAGCCAAUACGUAUCCACAACUGGCUAUGCCCGCGGCUGUUACGGUAUCCGCAGCGCGAGCAUUCGCGGCGCACCGCUGGGCGGGCGGGGGCUGCGCGCACGCGGCGCCGCGCCACGCGCCGGAACACGCGCCGCCGCCGCACCCGCUUAUAAUGGACCCUGUUUGGGCGGCGGGCGGCGCGGGCGCGGCGGCGCGGCGACAACUCGGCGACAACUUCUCGCAGCGGGUGCGUGCGCGGAGCAACUGCUUCGUCACCACCGUCGACUCGCGCUUCCUCAUCGCCGCCGGCUUCUGGGACAACUCCUUCAGGGUCUUCUCCACGGAGACCGCCAAAAUAGUACAAAUAAUCUUCGGGCACUACGGCGUGGUGACGUGCGUGUCGCGCUCGGAAUGCAACAUCACCUCCGACUGCUACAUCGCGUCCGGCUCGGAAGACUGUACGGUCUUGCUUUGGCACUGGUCUGCGCGCGCAGGCGGCAUCGUGGGCGAGGGCGACACGCCGGCGCCGCGCGUGACGCUGACCGGGCACGACGCGCCCAUCAACGCCGUGCUCGUCUCCGCCGAGCUCGGGCUCGUCAUCUCCUCGUCGCUGAACGGCCCGGUGCUCAUCCACACGACAUUCGGCGAGGUGCUUCGCGCACUGGCAGCGCCGGACGAAGGCUGGCCGCCGCAGCAGCUGGCCCUGUCGCGAGAGGGACUGGUGGUGGUGGCGUAUGCGCGCGGACACCUUGCCGCCUACACGCUGAACGGACGACGACUGAGGCACCACACGCAUAAUGAUAACUUCCAGGUGUCAACAGCGGCGGAGCUAGGUGUCAACUGCGGCGGAGCUAGGUGUCACCAGCUGUCGCGCGAGGGGCUGGUGGUGGUGGCGUACGCGCGCGGGCACCUCGCCGCAUACACGCUGAACGGACGACGGCUGAGGCACCACACGCAUAAUGAUAACUUCCAGGUAGACACGCUAAUACUACAGCAGGUGUCACCAGUAGCGGAGCUAGAUGUCACCAGCAGCGAAACUAGGUGUCACCAGCUAUCGCGCGAAGUGCUGGUGGUGGUGGCGUACGCGCGCGGGCACCUCGCCGCAUACACGCUGAACGGACGCCGGCUGAGGCACCACACGCAUAACGACAACUUCCAGAGCUACCAGCUGUCGCGCGAGGGGCUGGUGGUGGUGGCGUACGCGCGCGGACACCUUGCCGCAUACACGCUGAACGGCCGCCGGCUGAGGCACCACACGCAUAAUGAUAACUUCCAGCAGUCGCGCGAAGGGCUGGUGGUGGUGGCGUACGCGCGCGGUCACCUCGCCGCAUACACGCUGAACGGCCGCCGGCUGAGGCACCACACGCAUAACGACAACUUCCAGUCGCGCGAGGGACUGCUGGUGGUGGCGUACGCGCGCGGGCACCUCGCCGCCUACACGCAUAACGACAACUUCCAGGUAGACAAGCUAAUACUACGGCUAGGUGUCUACAGUGGAGCUAGGUGUCAACAGCAGCGGGGCCAGGUGUCAACAGCGGCUGAGCUAGGAGUCACCAGCGACGGAGCCAGGUGUCACCAGCAGCGGAGCCAGGUGUCAUCAGCAGUGGAGCUAGCGGCGGGCGGCGCGGGCGCGGCGGCGCGGCGACAACUCGGCGACAACUUCUCGCAGCGGGUGCGUGCGCGCAGCAACUGCUUCGUCACCACCGUCGACUCGCGCUUCCUCAUCGCCGCCGGCUUCUGGGACAACUCCUUCAGGGUCUUCUCCACGGAGACCGCCAAAAUAGUACAAAUAAUCUUCGGGCACUACGGCGUGGUGACGUGCGUGUCGCGCUCGGAAUGCAACAUCACCUCCGACUGCUACAUCGCGUCCGGCUCGGAAGACUGUACGGUUCUGCUUUGGCACUGGUCUGCGCGCGCAGGCGGCAUCGUGGGCGAGGGCGACACGCCGGCGCCGCGCGUGACGCUGACCGGGCACGACGCGCCCAUCAACGCCGUGCUCGUCUCCGCCGAGCUCGGGCUCGUCAUCUCCUCGUCGCUGAACGGCCCGGUGCUCAUCCACACGACAUUCGGCGAGGUGCUUCGCGCACUGGCAGCGCCGGACGAAGGCUGGCCGCCGCAGCAGCUGGCCCUGUCGCGCGAGGGACUGGUGGUGGUGGCGUAUGCGCGCGGGCACCUUGCCGCAUACACGCUGAACGGCCGCCGGCUGAGGCACCACACGCAUAAUGACAACUUCCAGUGCCUGGCGCUGUCCCGCUGCGGCGAGUACCUGGUGUGCGGCGGCGACGCCGGCGUGGUGGAAGUGUGGCGCGCCUUCACGCUGGCGCCGCUGUACGCCUUCCCGCCGCUCGGCGCCGCCGUCUGCUCGCUGGCGCUGUCGCACGACCAGAAAUUCCUACUAGCCGGCCUGGAGAACGGCUCGCUGGUGGUGUUCCACAUAGACUUCAACCGCUGGCACCACGAGUACCAGCAGCGCUACUGAGUGCGGUGCCCCGGCUGCGCCUGCCGCUACGUGCAGCUGACGCGCGUCUGACGCCCGACGACCUCGCCUGGUGCCCGACGACCCUCAGCCACUAUGUUAGUGCGGCGCCACUGAACUCCGGGUCCCACGAAGCAGCGAUGUAAAAUAGUCCCGCGGAUUUUUGGGGAACUAAAAUAUAGGGUGGGGAGGAUAAGUUGGCAACUGAACAUAGACCCGAUAUAAUUGGGACAAAUGCUAAAAAUAUUUACAAAUAAUUUUUGUUUUUACUCAUUUAAUAUGCUUUGUUUGACUUGCUACUCUAAAAAUGACGAAUUAGUCUUGGAAAAAAAUUAAUUUCAACUUAAAAGCAUGGUCUGAAUUCACAAUGAAAAUUGCCAACCUGUCCCUUUCACCCUGUACGAUAAUUGACAGUAGUACAGAUAUAGCUAAGGGGAGACUUCUUUCGUGAGAAAAACUAUAGAAUAUCCACGGAAGAUGUCCCACAAAUAUAGAGCAAUGUAUAUUACAGUUAGUCUCGUGUAGACGGCAAAGGGACUUCUUCAAAGGAACUGGGGACUGGCAGCUAUGGCGCCUCUAUGCUCGACGAUUUGUGAAACCAACUUUAUCAAAUUACCAUCUGAACUUGUAAUUAACACAUCAAUUAUGUAUUCCU